AAAGUUAAAAGCCCGGGACUGAGGGUGGCGGGUGAUGCCGUUCUUUGAAAACAGGCUUCAAUGGUGGUACCAAUACACGGAAACAUUGAUUGACGGCUGAUAACAUCACCAACAAAACAAGCCAUCACAACACAACAACAUCAAAUCAAACAAUGUCUGAAUUAUCGUCUGUAGCCUUUGCUGAUUGUAAGUAUGUCAGCGGUUUUGGCAACGAGUUUUCUUCAGAAGCAUUACCACAUGCAUUACCAAGAGAUGGAAACACACCGCAAGUUUGUCCAUAUAACUUAUAUGCAGAACAAUUGUCUGGCACAGCUUUUACAUGCCCAAAAACACAUAACCAAAGAUCUUGGCUUUAUCGAAUACUGCCAUCAGUAAAGCAUUCACCAUUUGAGAAGUAUCCCAUGAAUACAUUUAACGGUGAUUGGAAUGACAGACACCCUAAUCCCAAUCAGUUAAAAUGGAACCCGUUUGACCUUCCAGAAAAUCCAACUGAUUUUAUAGACGGAUUAGCAACCAUUUGUGGGGCUGGAGAUCCAAAGACACGCCAUGGACUAGGAAUCCAUGUUUACUGCUGUAACAAACCAAUGGGGGACAGAUGCUUUUACAAUUCUGAUGGAGACUUUCUUAUUGUUCCACAGCAUGGUGCUCUUGGCAUUUUUACUGAAUUUGGAAAGAUGACAGUUGCACCUGACGAAAUUUGUGUAAUUCAGCAAGGUAUCAAAUUUACAGUUCAUGUUGAGCAACAAUGUCGAGGUUUCAUCCUUGAAGUAUUUGAUAACCACUUUGUGCUGCCUGAUUUAGGACCUAUUGGUGCCAAUGGUCUUGCUUAUCCCAAACAUUUUUUGACACCUGUUGCUGCAUACGAUAAAGAUUACAUGCGGCCAGAUGGUUACGAAAUCAUUUUAAAGUAUCAAGGAAAAUUGUUUAAGGCUGUGCAGGAUCACACUCCGUUUGAUGUUGUAGCUUGGCAUGGCAACUAUGCACCCUACAAGUAUGAUUUGAAUAAGUUUAAUGUUGUAAACUCCGUAUCGUUUGAUCACAUGGAUCCUUCAAUAUUUACAGUGUUAAGUUGUCCUGGUCACAAACCUGGUACUGCAAUAGCUGAUUUUGUCAUCUUCCCGCCACGCUGGUCGGUGCACGAAAACACAUUUCGUCCACCGUAUUAUCACCGCAACUGCAUGAGUGAAUUUAUGGGUGUUUUGAAAGGUCAAUACGAAGCUAAAAAGAAUGUUUCUAUUGGUGGAGCAACCCUCCAUAGUAUGAUGACCCCACAUGGUCCGGCUGCAAAUGUAUUUGAGGCUGGAUCAAAAGCAGACUUGAAACCAGAGAGAAUUGCUGAAGGAGCGCUUGCAUUUAUGUUCGAAUCAUCAUUGAGCCUCGGGUUGACAGAAUGGGGUGAAAUGUCGUGUAAGAAAUUAGAUAAAAACUAUUACAAAUGCUGGCAAGACUUGAAACCCAAUUUUGACCCGAACUGGAAACCGGAAGAAAACCGAUAAUCCAAUGCCAGUAAUAAACCGCUUAACACGUUGUUUUAUAAUUUUCUGAUAAUAUUUUGACGUCAAUUUGUAGAUAUAUUUCGACACAGUACAAUGUUGGUGGUAAAAAUCCACUUAGGUGAAAAUAAUGUAAUAUUUAAUCGUUUAUAAAUAAUGUUGAUUCUCAUCCACUGACCUGAAAAUUAGUGUGGUUACUAUAAAUUGUUUUUUUCUUUCUAUUAAAAGUAUAUAGCACAUGUCCCCUGUCCUCAAAUAUGUUCACGAGCGCACGUAAAUUACAGUGAAUUUUUAAACAUCUUAACACAGACAUGGAAAAAACAAAUAGAUUUAUUUUAAACGAUUUAAAAUAUCUGACUUAAAGUUUUAUAUUAACACUUUAACUUAAAAGCUAUAUUCUUUUGCGUUACCGGAUUUGGUCGGAUUGAAAUGGUCGAAUCGCUCGACGUCGAUCAAUUUCGUUCAUGCCUUAAAGAAUACAUCACUAUCUGUAAAAACUACAGAUGCAGUUAGGUACUGACAUGCAGGGCCAAGCUAAAUAUAAAAUGCUUUUAACUCUUUAACUUUUUGACGAUCAUGUACUUAAAUGAUUUUUUGCCACCCUUAUCCUUGGUGAGUUAUUUUAUAAAAUUAUUUAAAUCGUUUUUUUAUCGAUUUCCUUCUUACUUAGAAAAUUUUCUAGUUUUUAUUUUUUUAUUUGUAUUUUUAAUGUUUGUUCAUUUGUUUUUCGUUAAUGUAACAGUAAAAAAAAAUACACUGAUUUGAUUUUUA